UAAAACCACCAGUGGAGGACAAUUGGCAGUUUUCAGCUCAAAGAUUUAGACAACUACAGACUUGGCCACUUCUGGCCUUCACUGACUUUCUUUCCUGUGGUAAAGUUGUUUUUGAUUUUUCCAAUGGCUCAAAAAUUCAUCCUCCUGUCUGUCCUUUGGCUAGUUGUAGCCAUUUUUGCAACUUCAACAAGAGCAACUACAGCAGCUGUUCCAGGCAAUCAAACUACAGCAACUGUUCCAGGCAGUCAAACUACAGUAACUGUUCCAGCCAAUCAAACUACAGCAACUGUUCCAGGCAAUCAAACUGCAGCAACUGUUUCAGGCAAUCAAACUACAGCAACUGUUCCAGGCAGUCAAACUACAGUAACUGUUUCAGGCAAUCAAACUACAGCAACUGUUCCAGGCAGUCAAACUACAGUAACUGUUUCAGGCAAUCAAACUACAGCAACUGUUCCAGGCAGUCAAACUACAGUAACUGUUCCAGGCAAUCAAACUACAGUAACUGUUCCAGGCAGUCAAACUACAGCAACUGUUCCAGGCAAUCAAACUACAGCAACUGUUCCAGGCAAUCAAACUACAGUAACUGUUCCAGGCAGUCAAACUGCAGCAACUGUUCAAGGCAAUCAAACUACAGCAACUGUUCCAGGCAAUCAAACUACAGCAACUGUUCAAGGCAGUCAAACUACAGCAACUGUUCCAGGCAAUCAAACUGCAGCAACUGUUCCAGGCAGUCAAACUGCAGCAACUGUUCCAGGCAAUCAAACUACAGUAACUGCUCCAGGCAAUCAAACUGCAGGAACUGCUUCAGGAACAUCAACACCACCAUUUAAAGAUCCCUGCAACCCAAAUCCCUGUGGCACUGGAAGCACCUGUGAGGCCCGUUUUGACGAAUCAUUUGUAUGCUUGUGCCUGCCUGGUGAUUUCUACAGCAAUGAUUCAAACAGUUGUGAACGUUCCAAAGUCUUCCCUGGAAAACUUAAACUGAAGAAAGCAUUUAAUGAAAAAAUGAGAGACCGCAAAUCAAAGGAAUUUAAAGAAACUGCAGAUAAAGUUAUUGCUGAGCUGUAUAAAGUUUAUAAAGGGACGAAUGGUUACUCUGGAUCUAUAGUGCUGGAACUCCGGCGAAGCACCACUCCAGUGUCAAGAAAUGCAGAGAAUGUUGAUGCAUUAGUACAGAUCAGCUAUGAGGCCAGUUCUAAAAUUACAGAAGAUCAAGUUGUAAAAGAAUUAAAAGAUAAUACUUGUGCUGAGUGUACACUGAUUGAGAAAACCUUUGAGACUACGGACCUUUGUGCUACCAAUGCCUGUGAUAAAGAAACUACACAGUGCACAUCAGGCGAUGGAACUUACGAGUGUGCCUGCAAAGAUGGCUACAGGAAAACAGGCUACACUGAUAGAAUGUGCACUACUUGCCCCAUUGGGGAAAAGUUGAAAGAUAAUAACUGCGUGAAAUGCUCGUUUGGUUAUUCUGGUUUUAACUGCUCAGAAAACUGGAAGCUCAUUCUGGUAAUUGUGGGCUCUGUGCUUGGAGGACUGCUGCUAAUAGCCCUCAUCCUUCUACCAGUAGUAGCUACACAAAAAUCAAACAAAAGCUUCAAGAAGAACAAAACUGCAGAAAUGGAAAAACCCUCCAUUAACCUGAGUUCUGCCGCACAACCAAUGGCUAGCAACAAGUUUGGCCACAGCCAGGGAGUCUCAUUAACUGGGUCAGCCAAUGGCCAUUCAGGUUUUCAGAAUGGUGGGGUGCCCAUGUUCCCACGAGCUGCCAGCCCCAUCAACAGCUGGGACAACAGGACCAACCUGGAGAUGAAACCAAGCAAUGGCGGACAAAACAUUGGUCAUAUGAACAGUGGCUCGAUAUAUGACGAACAAGACGACAUACGCCCAUACGCUCAGACUCGACCACAGAACAACCCUUAUGCCCAGAAUCAACCCAGGAUGAACCCAUAUACUCAGAACCAAGGCCACAGCAACCCGCACUACACACACGAUGAUGGAAGACGCUACUAUUAGUACAAAAUCAGAAAGUCUCACUAUACAAUGACAGGUUUAUGUUUUUAAAUGUAUUUUAUAAUUAUUGUAUGUAAUGAAUCGUAUUGAAUCUUAUGUGACUGACUACAGUACAAGCUGUCAUAAACCAAUCAUGUCUGAUCGUGACUACUUCAUAUCAAGUUGGAGACAUGAUUUCGAGGAUUGAUCUUUUUUUUUUAAUCUGCUUUGGUUAAUUGAAGUUUGAAUUAUUGAAGAGCUGUCUGUUUAAACUGAAUGAGAAACCUUGACACUCAUGUCCAAAUAUAAUGCAAUAAUGAGGAGCUACUUAAUAUUGUUUGCUGUCCGAUUAAUACUUUGUCUAUGAAUUCACAUUUUUAUGCAAAUGUGUUAAAUUUUUGUAAUUAACUGAAAUUUAAUGUUUAAUUCAGUUUGUUCAUGUGAAUGAGAGAAGCAGCUUCUAAUAAAAUUAUAAGAACCUG